AAUCUUCAGGUUUAAUAUGAAUUGUGUAGUGUGUUCAGUUUCUAUGGGAUAUUGUGUGUUUGAAAUUAGUUUUCUUCUUCUGAUCGUUAGAAAUAGUUGACUGAGAUCCAAUCUAUACGCUUUACUUUUCUUGAAUAGCCUUUGAAGUAUAUUUUUUUAUUAAUUUUCUUUUUGGCUUACUUGAUGUUAGAAAGGACUAGAAAGGAGACGUGGCGAGUAGAUCUACUGAUAUGUGGUAGGAUUCUCAUAAGAGGUUCUCAAUAUGGAACAUAGUGAUCUCUGGUCUGAAUUAAUAUCUCUUAGUAGUCGUAGUAAGCCAAUCAGCCAACGUGUGUUUGUUUUUUUCAAAUAGUUUCUGUAUUUGCCCUACAAGAUCUUGUCAUGAUGCUGACGGAACUAUUGUUGACUUUUGUUUUAUUGCACUCUAUUCAAAUCACUGUUUCAGUUAAAUAUCAUGGUUAUGUGUGCAGUGACUCCGCCAGCUGUGAUGUUAAUACAUCUUGUGUGUUGAGUGUUGAUAAAAAAACACGUUGUCUUUGCUCUGAUCAUGACUACAGAAGUGACAGAAAUCAAUGUGUCAACAUUUUAUUUUCAGGUUGUACCCUGCUAGUUCAAAGCGUGAAAACUGUUAAAGUCACAUUGAAUAGUGUUCAAUUAAGUUGGUCAAGUCAAAACAUCAACUACAAGGAAGCCAAGUUCAAUGUUUCGUACGAGGACACUUACAUUCUAGGAGAUGAAAGUGGAGUUACUAUUUACAAUUUAAAGUCGGAUACAGAAUACAAGCUUAUUAUUCAAGUUAUUCUUUUUAAAAAUCAACUUUACAAGGCGAGAUAUGGACCACCUGUAACUCACUCUUUCCGGACAUUGCUCAAACAAGGUUCUAAAAAGUCUCAUGGAGAACUAUGCACUAAAGGUGUAGACUUUUGUGAAACUGAAUUGUUGUGUGUACAAAAUAAAAACCAAGAGGACCGAUGUCUCUGUGAUACAAAUCAUUACUGGAAUGACCACAAUGAAUGUAUCUCCAAGUCAACGUUGACAAUUAAGAACUUCACUGCUAUAAACAUUAACUCUACACGUGUGGAACUCUCCUGGUCUAUAGACCCUCUUCAUAAAUCUUCUGCUCAAUUUAAGGUUUGGUACGGUCCUACAGAAUUUCAAUUAUUCCAUAGAGAUAAGAGCUUUGGAACUAUAGACAAGCUAAAACCUGAGAAAAAUUUUACAUUUACCAUAAAAGUAGAAAUACCAGCAGACGAGAAUUAUAAUCUUACUGAAGGAUCACCAAGAACAUGCUUUAUACAAACAAAAUCAAACAAGGAAACUUACUUCCACAACAUUGAGUCAAAUACAACUGUUGCCCUUAGAACUAUUUUAUCAACAACAACAGCUUUGUCGUCCAAGAAUUUCACACCAGCUAUUCAGUAUCUUGGCCACGGUGACUUAUGUGAACUGACUACACCCUGUGAGCCUAGAACGUCCUGUGUUAAAUCACCUAAUAAACAAUAUCGCUGUCUUUGCAAUAACACUCAAUACUGGAAUAACAGGAUGUGUGUCCCACUUGAAGGUCUUACAGUAACAGAGGUCCACGUCAAAAAAGUGACAAGUACUAGUGUACAGUUAUCCUGGUCUAACAGAAAUAUCGAUAAACUGUCAGCUGCGUACUCUGUGAGUUAUAGAAACAAGUCUCCUGGAGCACAUCCAGGAGGAAUAAACAUUACCAACUUGCAGCCAGCUUGGAACUAUUCUUUCGAAAUCUUUGUGAUUAUACCAAGUGAACUUAAUUAUAAGGAGAAACGUGGUCCUGGUGUCAGCAUUAGUGUACAGACCAUUGCCGAAAAUCAAACACCGGUUUUUGAAAUAACGACGCCUAUCCAUCAGACCACUACUGUAACCAAAGAGACACCUAGUUCUAGUAGACAGGUAUUAACGCAUACUACCUUAGCCACAAUAGCAUCAGGUCAAAGUAACACCAACAUUGUUAUUGUGGUCACUGUCGUGUUACUGGUGCUCGCUGUUGUGUUAAUUGUAAUGGUUGUUUUAGUAGUUCGAAGGAAGAAUUCUAAAAGAAAAAAUUCAACUCAAAUAUUGCUAGAUAAAUAUGACAAAUGUAGAAAUACAUCUCAGCCGGAGCUUGUUUACACUGAUCUGGAACCGAAUACAUACUCAACAUCUCAAGACACAGCCACCAAUACCAUGAAUGCUACAAACCACAAUCUCCCAACUUCAUCUAACAAAGCGUCAAGUCCUUCUGUAUAUUAUAACAUCAAGGCCCAGGAGGAGUUCAAAGUUGAAAUGGUAUAUUCUCACCUCUCCCAUUUCAAAGAACAGGAACGGGAGAACCCUGAGAAUAUCUACGAUGGAUAAAUAAAACACGCUAACUAC